AUGGCUGAUGAGAUGGAAAACGACCCCUUAUGCCCAACUGUCCCUUUCACGGCAGCGGAGAAGAUAAGGUGGAGAAGAGAAUGGCGUUCGGCGUUGGUGGUGAAAGGCCUGGGAAGGAAGGUUCCGUACAUGGCUCUAUCCCGCCGCCUUAACUUUUUGUGGGCCAAGCAGGGUGAUAUCCAGAUUUCGGACAUAAAGAAUGGUUGCUACCUUGUUCGAUUUAGGAGAAAGGAGGAUUAUGAGAUAGCCACAACCGGGGGGGCGUGGAUGAUGGGAGAGACUUAUUUGACAGUGUUGCGAUGGUUUAAGGGUUUUAACCCAUGGAAAACCGAAGCGAAGUCAACACUGGUAUGGCUACAGCUUCCGGAGCUACCGAUAGAGUUCAUUAACAAGGAAGCUGCUAUGAAAAUCGGUAAGCUGAUCGGAAAUCCAACCCGGGUUGACAGAGCUACAGAGGAGGGUGCAAGAGGCAACUUUGCCCGAGUAUGUAUGGAGGUGAACCUCAUGAGGCCGUUGCUAUCGAAAUAUAAAAUCGAAGGCGUCGAGUACCUAAUCAAGUAUGAGGGACUUGAGAACAUAUGCACGGACUGUGGGACUUACGGGAAACCGACUAAUCAUUGCCAAUGUAAGAAUCCUGUUGAGGUAGUAGGGGAGUCGGUUGAGAUGGUACCAGAAACUCAAGACGUUGAACCAGAGAGGGGACCCGUCUAUGGAGAUUGGAUAAUGGUGAAACAUAGGGACAGGCGGACGCAAAAACGAGGCAGUGGACUUGGUACGAAGGGAGAUUUCCAAAAACGGAUGGGUAAUAUGGGAGGAGAACAUAAUGGUUUUGAGGUUUUGGGAGAUGAGAACCAAGCGGACAAGCCCGCGGAGGUUGAACAAAGCCUGGAUAGGACAACCUGA